AUGACGUACGAAUCGUAUCUGAUCAAAACCUGGGAGCAGGACCCUUCUCAACAACAGGGUUUGUCCUUCAUCGACUUUCUCGUCAGCAAAUCUGGGAGCGACCCGGGUAAAGCAUCUCGUCCCGUCGGCCUCGUGGAUGUCGUCAAACUCCGUCGGGAUGGGACCGACACUCGGAUGGCCGCCAUCCCUAACGCCGUCAUUCAAAAGCACAAAGUUCCCUUCUUUUCCUUCAUCAAAGGAGUUCUGGGUGGUGACCUGCAAACCUUGGCCGGUUGUCCCUUCUUUUUACUCCUCAACAAGUACUUACAAGUCUAUGGACCUGUUUUUAACCUCUCCUUCGGGCCCAAGUCGUUUCUGGUCGUUUCCGACCCCGUCAUGGCGCGUCACGUCCUGCUUGAAACAAGCCCCGAAAAGUACUGCAAAGGGAUGCUGGCGGAAAUUCUGGAUCCCAUCAUGGGCAAAGGCCUCAUUCCUGCCAAUCCAGCCAUCUGGAAAGUCCGUCACCGGGCGAUUGUCCCUUCGUUCCACAAGCAAUGGUUGAAUCGGAUGAUUGCCAUCUUUGCAAAGGCGCCGAAAUUCUCGCCAAUGAUUUACAAUGCAAAUCAACCAAGGGGCAGUGUCACACUCGACAUUAUUGGCAAAGCUGCCUUCAAUUACGACUUUGGUUCCGUCACGGACGAAUUGCCCAUUGUCAAGGCCGUCUAUCGCGUUUUGAAAGAGGCCAAACGAAAUCAAACUACUCCUCGUUUUAGCGCCAUGCUAGAAUAUACUGUACAAACUUGUUUCGUUGGUGGUGGCAGAUAG